UUGUUUACAUUGUUACAUGAACAUUAUUUGGUAACAAUGUAAUUCAAACUGUAUUUGAAUUAUUUUAAUAGCAUGAAAGUUAUAUUGCAGAUUUUAUAGAUAUUUAAUUAUAAUGUCAAUUAAUAUGUUACUAUAUUGUGUAUCAUAUUUUUAGGUUAUAGUUAGAUACAAAUAAAAUAAGUGGAACUAUGAAUGUCUUUUUAUUGACCUCUAUAAAUUAUCAUUUAUCUCGAUUCAUUUUGUUAUAUUUCUUUAUUGUAAAUCAUUAUUUAUCUCAUCUUCUUUAUUUCAGAAUUUGUAAAAAAAGUGCUUUUACAAUGGCACUUGUGAGACUUACUUUGGCAGCUGGUGCUGUAGCCGUACAAUUAUUUCCACAAACUUUCUUAUUGCAACAAUAUAGGAAAAUUAGAGCCAGAUAUGACUUUGAGAAUAAUGAAUUACCAAUACGAAAAGGUAUUGAAAGAAGACUUAAAGAAGCACUAGAUGAUGUAAAUCUAGUAUAUAGACCAAUGAUACCAGAAGAACGUAUUAAAUUUUUUAACGUUCAUGAUAUAGAAAUGUUUCAUGCUGGAUCAACGUACUCAAAGUAUGGUGGCUUAGUUGGAAUUCCAGUGAAUUUUGAAUAUAAUGAUAUUAGUCAUAUAAAUAAUGGAAACAUAUCCAUUCAAUAUGCACCACUUCAAUGGGAUGCAGAAGCUACCGAGGAAUUUCAUAAGUCCUUAGUACUCUCAGAAAAUGCCCAAAAAUUUGCUAUAGCUCAACAAAUUUUAAAAGUCGCAACUUUUGAUCCAAUAAUUAAAGGUGUGAAUAUAUUGGCAGAUGCAGUAAUAGGAAUGGGAGCUUAUGAGUUACUUCAUUCAAAAUUAAAAGUUACCAAACAGCAAAGGGGUAAAAAUGCUUUAUGUAUGAGUAUUGCUGCAAUUGGAACUUUAAUUUUUACCUUAUUAACAAAUAAUGCAUUAGAUUAUUAUAGAGAGACAGAAGUCAAUGAAAUAAUAUCUAAAUGUGGUGAUAAAUAUAUUCAAGGUGGUGUGGAAUAUUAUGAAAAAUUAUCACAGAAAAAUAGGGCCUUAAGAGUACUAUUGGGAAGUAAGGGUAGAUAUAUGUAUACACCUGUUGGAAAUCAGAUUACUUGGUUUACUCAAAAAAACAUUCCAAUAUCUGAACAAAUAGAUUAUUUUAAACAAAAAAUGCAAAAUAUUCAGUCACAAUUAGUGUAGUAUGUAUUUGUAUGAUUUUAUGUAAAUAAAACAAUCAUAAUAAAAUUAAUGACAAAUUCAGA